AUGCAAACAUCAUCACCAUCAUCAUCAUCUCAAUCAACAACAAUAAAUUUAUAUUCAUUUGAUAUAGCAUCCACGAAAGAAUUUCACGUUUUAUCUAAUAGUAAUAUUUCCAUAUCAUUUCGUUUUUUACGUCCUGGAGAUCAAUCAGAAGUAAAAUCUCUUUGUUGUGAUUGGUUUCCAAUUGAAUAUCCUGAUAAAUGGUAUGAUGAUAUAGUACAUGAUACAAAAUAUUUUGCUUUAGCUGCAUGUGAAACAGGCACACAACGAAUUGUUGGUUUAGUUAUUGCCGAUAUAGUUCCAUUAGGCAAUUGUAAUCAUGAAGAUCAACAAAUUCUACAUAAAUCAUUUUCAUUAACAACACCUGUUUGUUAUAUACUUAUAUUAGGUGUUGUUAAAGAAUAUCGACGACAAGGUUUAGCUGGAAUUCUUUUACAACAAUUAUUAAAUACAUUAUAUAAACGUGGAACAUGCAAAGCUGUUUAUUUACAUGUUUUAUUUUCAAAUAAACAAGCUAUACAAUUUUAUGAAACAAACAGUUUUCAGUAUCGUGUACAUUUACCAUAUUAUUAUUGUAUAAACGGUGAAAAUUUCGAUGGUUAUUGUUUUGCUCUUUAUAUAAAUGGUGGUUGUCCACCGUUUACUUUAUCGGAUUAUUUUUCCAAUUGGUGGACAUAUUUAAGAAAAUUUGAAUUCCAGAUUAAAUUCAAUAAUGAUAUGUCAUCUAUACAGGUCUCAAUAAUUUAUUUUGGCCGGUUACGUGAAUUAGUUGGUAUAUCAAGUGAAAAAAUUGAUUUUGAUCCUUCGAUUUCUUACACACAACAAACGAUUCUUGAUCGUAUUAUUGAACAUCGUCCAAUUUUGAAGACUUUUUUGAUUACAAAUUCUUUUCGUGUAGCUGUUAAUCAACAGUAUCUACUUGAGAGUGAUUUAAUUGAAUUUACUCAACAAAGCGAAAUAGCACUUCUUCCACCGUUUGGUGGUGACGAGCUUUAUAAACAAGUUAUUGCUCCAUCAUGUGGUGCUGUAGCAUCGUUUAUUGGCAUUACAAGAGAUAAUUUUGAAGGUCGUCAAGUAGCUCGUCUUUUCUAUGAAGCAUAUGAAUCAAUGGCUUUGCAAGAACUUAAACGUUUAUGCGAUGAUGCUCGACGGCAAUUUGGAGAUAUUAAACACAUAGCCAUCUGCCAUCGUUUAGGUGAUGUGUCCAUUAGUGAAGCAUCCGUUGCUAUUUAUGUAUCGGGACCUCAUCGUCGUGAUGCAUUGGACGCUGUUUCCUUUCUCAUCGAGCAACUCAAAGCAAAUGUUCCUAUAUGGAAAAAAGAGUUCUAUGAAGAUCAUGAGGGCAAUAACGGGAAUAGCAAUAAUAAUGAAAAUAAUACAUCAACAUCAUCUUAUUGCUGGAAAGAAAACAAAUAA